AUGGAACCCAAACAAACGGAGGAAGAAGAAGAAGAAGGAGAAGAAGGAAGUAAAGAUGGAAUCCCAUCUCCUCAACUGUCAGCCAGCCUCUACUCUACGGCGUUCGUCUCACCCAAGUCAAUGCCAAUGCCAAUGCCCGGAACACUGGACACUGAGAGGGAGAGCGAGAAAGGAAUGCGUGAUGGGAGAGUCAAAGAAUCAUACGCUAUUCUGUGGAAACCCGCCCGUCACGAUGGCAGAACCGAGAAAAACCUGAUGCCAGACCAACCAUACAGGUACAAGUACCAGACCGAACUGGAUGGAGAUGAUGGAGAUGAUGGAGAUGCCUCCUCCCGAGCCAUCACCACAUCAGAUAAAUUCGUGCGUUUCAGAAGGGAGCACCCUGGAUGGGGGGCUCGUCCCGAAAUAGGAACUCAUCUGCAGGAGGAGGACGGACCGCAGGGAAGGGAGAGAAAUCCCGGGAAAACGUCACCGCUGCCCGGAUCUCGCCGUCUUCAUCGGCCACCGCUUUCGCGCACCAGCCGGCAGAACCCAGAAGACACACGAUCCGAUCACGAGCCAACUGCCGACCCGACCAUGUCGCUGUCACUGUCGACCAAGCCGCCGCCGCUCUCUCUCUCUCUCUCUCUCUCUCUCUCGUCCCCCGACGUGUCCCCCGUCCCCCCAAUCCCCUUCAUCGACGGUACAACGUACACACGGCGGCAGCGUCUGCCCUGCUUGCUCGCGUUUGGGGCUGAGCUUUCCUCCACUCGUCUGAUGUUCCAAAAGUCUAGACAAUCGUCAAGUCCGCCCUCAAGAGUCGACAUACGUCGCUGGCCACGCAAGCCACCUCAUGGUGCGUCUCCAAACCCACGGCGCGGAUGCCCCAUGUCCCGGUCUCUUGAGGACAGGUUGCUGGGUCUCGGCCGUGUCUCCGUUGUCGUCGUCGUUGUCGUCGUCGUCGUCGUCGUCGUCUUGGACAUUUGA